UGUCUACGAAGUGAAGUUUGUGCGCUUAUCGUAUUGAUAUGUCAAUUUAACAUUGUGGUGUAGUCCGCAAUGCACAUAACCUCCACAUAAAUUGUUUUAUGUUUAUUGCGUGUUCAAAUAUAUUAGUGAUAUUUUCACAAACACAAAAUGGGUAAAGUACGAUCCGCUCCGGGGGCACCCCGAAAAGAAGGAUUUAAUAAAUCUGUACAUUCAAUGAAUCCUGAUCGACCAACUGAAGGAUUAAAGGGUGUCGGUAAACCACGUACAAAAGGCACUAUAAAAAGAUUGCAGAUGUACAGGAACUUCAAAGCUAAAAGAGAUAAAACUGGAAAAAUAUUAACACCUGCUCCCUUUCAAGGUUGGCUUCCCUCAGGAACACAAGCAAGAGUAGAACCAAAUCAAAAGUGGUUUGGAAAUUCCAGGGUCAUUUCUCAGAAUGCUUUACAAAAGUUUCAAGAUGAGUUUGGUGCUGCAGUCAAAAAUCCAUAUCAGGUUGUUAUGAAACCAACAAAUUUACCUAUAACUCUACUUAAUGAAAAAGCUAAACAUGCUCGUGUGCAUCUUCUUGAUACAGAGGGAUUUGAUAAAACAUUUGGUCCAAAGAAACAAAGAAAGAGAGUGAACCUUAAAUUUAAUGAUUUAAAUACAUUGUCCAAAGCAGUUGAGGAAAGCACUGACAAAUACGAUGAAAGCAAGGAUAUUGAUAGAGUGCGAGAGGAUACAGGUGUUAAAGACAGUCAAAGAGAGUGGAUUUUUGGUGCUGGAAUGAGCAAACGAAUUUGGAAUGAACUGUACAAAGUAAUCGAUUCUUCUGAUGUUUUACUUCAAGUUUUAGAUGCUCGUGAUCCUAUGGGUACAAGGAGCUCUUAUGUUGAAAAAUUUCUACGAGAAGAAAAGCCUCAUAAGCACUUAAUAUUCAUUUUGAACAAAGUAGAUUUGGUGCCAAAUUGGGUAACACAGCGAUGGGUAGCUAUAUUGAGUGCAGAAUACCCAACAAUAGCUUUCCAUGCAUCUAUGACACAUCCAUUUGGUAAAGGAUCGCUUAUUAAUCUAUUGCGUCAGUUUGCCAAACUUCACAUUGAUAAGAAACAGAUUAGUGUUGGGCUUAUAGGUUAUCCAAAUACAGGUAAAUCCUCUGUGAUCAAUACAUUAAGAGCAAAAAAAGUUUGUAAAGUAGCUCCUAUAGCUGGUGAAACAAAAGUCUGGCAAUACAUAACAUUAAUGAGAAGGAUAUAUUUAAUUGAUUGUCCUGGUGUUGUGUAUCCAUCUGCUGAAACAGACACUGAAAAAGUACUCAAAGGUGUGGUCAGAGUUGAACUAGUUCAAAAUCCAGAAGACUAUAUUGAGGAAGUAAUCAAAAGAGUGCGUAAAGAAUAUCUAGUUAAAACAUAUAAGGUGGAUGGAUGGGAUACAUCAACUGAAUUUUUAGAGAAACUUGCAGCUCGGACUGGAAAAUUAUUAAAGAAAGGAGAACCUGAUAUUAGUGCUGUGGCUAAAAUGGUUUUGAAUGAUUGGCAAAGAGGAAAGCUGCCUUUCUAUGUCGCACCAGAAGGAUUUGAAAUUCCUUUAUCCAAGCAAAAUAAAGAUGAUGAAGCAAAAGAAGCACAAGAAGUUGCACCUGAAAACAAAACAGAUGAAAAUGUUAAUGAUACAACAGAGACAGAGACAAAAACUGAUGCUUCAGAUAAACCAACUUUAACAAUCAAUAAAUUAGUGAUAGCUCAAGAUUUUGCUAAAAUAAGAGUAGGAUUGCAAUUUGACAAUGUAGAUGAUGUUAAAGCUCUAGAGGAUAUAGAUAUUCCAGAAGAACUUAAAGGAAUUGAUGAACAAAAUAAUGAUGAGGAAUCGCAAGAUAAAGAUGAGGAUAAAAGUAAUGUUACAGAUACAUCACAAACUGAAAAUGAUAAUGAACAAGAUGGUGAGGAUAGUGACUCAGAUAUUAGUAGUUUCUAUAGCAAUGAUGACAAGGCAUGUAGUGAUGUUGAAGAUUAUUUGACAAAUGAUCCUGAAACUAUUAAAGAAAUGAAGAAACAGAAAAUUCAAGCUGCCAGUGGAACAUUUAUUAUUGAAGAAAUAACUCAGCAAGGAAAGAAAAGGAAGGCUAAUGGAGAAGCUCCUGUGAAAACAAAGUUAACAGCAAAACGAAGAAGGGCCAUUGAAAGAGCUCAAAAGCGUACCAAAACUGGCAGCAACUUUUAUGAAGUGUCCAAUAUGUCUUCAGGGAGUGAAAGUGAUGAUGAUUAUGUACCAGAGGAGCCGGAGAAACUUUCGGAAGAAGAAUCAGCUGACGAAGAAACUGAACAUCAGUUUGAAAAUGAAGUUGAAGCUAAAACAAAGAAGCGAAAAAGUAAACAACAAAGUAAACCUAAAAAGAAAAUAAAAAAGGGUGAGGUUACAGAAGAAACAAAAGAACCAGAACCAGUCACUCAAGAAACAGGUGCUCAAGAAGAAGAAAAAAAAAGAGAAGAAGAUUUGUGGGCAAAAUUUUUAGAGGGAACCGAUUCAACACCGAAACCUAAAACACAAGAGGUCAUUAGUCAACCAGUAAAAGAACAGACUAAUAAUGUAGCAAAUAUAAAGAAAAGUGUACCAUUAAAAGCUGACACAGAUAAGGAUAGGGAAAAAAGGAUAUUUGAGUUUGCAGGCGAAACUAUAGUAGUGGAAAAUAACGUAAUUAAAGAAAGAGUUAAGACAGCUGAAAAACCAACCUUAGUAAGUAAAGUAGGGCCUUCACCAUGUGCAAAACCAGCAGGAUUGUCUAGUGUCGUAGGCCAAUUAAAUAAGAAGAACAAAUUAUCCACUCUAGAAAAGUCUAAGUUAGAUUGGAAUACAUAUAAGCAGGAAGAAGGAAUCGAGGAAGAAAUAACCAGUCACAACAAGGGAAAGGACGGAUUCUUGGAACGUCAAGACUUCCUAGGGCGGACUGAUGUACGUCAGUAUGAGAUUGAACGAGAUUUAAGGAUGAGUAAACGAAGUAACCGAUGAGCGAACUAAAUGACAUAGCUACAAUUUGCCAUAAUACCUACACU